AAUUAAGUUAUAAUUGUCUCAGUAUAGAUCUACAAUCUAGAAUUUAGUUUGAGACAUGAUCCAGACUUUCUUCAGUAGAUCUAUACUGAAAGAAUGAAGAAUGUACCUGUGUAUAUUUGCUUCGUUGUGUUGUUAGGCCUUCACCAAAAAGGCGCAGAUGCUGUGAGCAGUUUAGAAGUCAGUAUCGGUGGUGUCAAUGUUACUGAUGGGUCCCUACUAGUGUGUUCAGGAACUACCGUCAGCCUAACCUGUUCUCAUGACGGUGUUGAGGUGACUCGUUGGGAAAUUGAUGCUCCCAUAGGGUGCACUGCCAUUGCUCCCCACACUACCACGCCAGCUGACCUCCUGUGUGGAACAUUCACCAUUAAUAUGGUCAGUGCUAUGAAUCAACCCACAAGGACGUCUACUCUUGUGUUGCCAGUUGAUCAGUCACUGAAUGGUGCUGUGGUGACUUGUAAUGCUGGUAGUCUAUCAGCUGAUCCUCAAGCUGGAAACUUGACUAUACAAGUUAUUGGUCCUCCUUCCACUCCAACUGUUGAUAGUAUGGAAUAUUCGGUGGGCGACUCAACUACUGGACGAUUCAGAUUCUUGGUCAGCAGUAGCGGAAGGCUUGGGACAGAGGUCGCUAUUUCUGCCAGUGUGGUUGGAGGUAGUGGCACAGUGGUUGUCACUGACAACAGCAUCACUGUGAUUGGAUUGAGCUACACCCGGUCUCACACUGUCAGUAUUGUGGCUACCAGUGCUGUGUGUCCAGGAGUGCUGAACAACACCGAUGUUUCUGUGAUGUUCAACAUAGCAUCCCCUGUACUAACUCAACCCAAUGGAUCCGUUGUCUGUUCCAAUCCGUCAUUGCCAAUCAGUGGAUCAUGGACUUUAAUGGAGGGAGUGCAGAGCAGCAGUAACCCGGCUGCUCAGUUGACUCCUCCCCUAAAUACCCAACCUACCAUAACCUACACUUCAGCUGGGGGUCUCAGUGGCAGUGCAGUAUUUGUUCCUGAUUUAUCCUACCAGCUCACAGACACAGUUGAGAAUGAUGUGUACACUUUCACUGUGAAUGUGACUAAUGUGGCUGGAACAAGCCGUGAAGUAUCUGAAGGAUUUUUUGUUACUCCUUUUGUUGUUGAUAAUAGUACACUAGAAACAAUGAAUUGUCUCACGUUCUCUCUCGGUCAAAACUGUGCUUCUGAGCAAAGUGGAAACUUCAUUGUUCGGUUUGAACAAGGAAAUGGUGUUUGUCGAAACUUGUCAGAUUUCAGCACAUCCACCAUACAACUGAUGCCUCGUUCGGCUUGUGCACCCGUGGCUUCAUCCACUAACCUGUGUUAUCAUGCAACUCUGAUGUAUAAUGGGAUUAUAAUUGACACUCAGACUAAUCUCAACUUUAACACAUGCCCUGUGAGUGCCCUCUCGCCAUUCAUGGGCAGUGGAGUGUCCAUGCAGCUGGACAGGGAGGUUACUAAUGGCACGGUGUCUCACAUCACCACUGCUACUCUGAGCUGUACCUUGGCUAUCUAUGAAUUGAUCGGUUCACCUCAAAUCACGUGUCUUGGUGGAACUUGGGAACCAGCUGGAAUGAGAUCAUGCGUGUUUGCUGUUUGGCUGAUUGUGGUGAUUAUUCUGGCACUGGCUUUUGCAAUUGGAAUUAUCUGUGGAGUGCUGACAGCUCGAUACUUGACCUCUCUCCUCAACGGACUUGUAGAAAAAAAAUGGUGGGCAAUUUUGGCCGUUAUUUUCCUCAUGUUCCUGUUUGGUUUUGGUGUGGGCGUGCUCUUCUACAUGUGUUGCUGCCAACAAGAUUCUGAUCGCGAGUCAAAACCAAGAGAUUCUGAGAAACUAACUGAAAGUACCUCAUCCCCCCCACCACCUGACUCCCUGUAUGCUGACCCCAAAUCCAUUGAGCACCAGGCAGCUCCAGGCACUGAGGACCAGUACACCAUGGUCGAUAUAAAGGGCAAGAAAAACACAAAACCAAAGCCAACUCCACCAGAAGCUCUAUAUCAGGAUCCCAGCACGAUUGAGCACGAGACCGCUGUCUCUGGAGACACUUACGCUGUGGUGGACAAGCCCAAGAGGUCCUCCAAAAAGAAGGGAGGUCCGGAUGUGAUUCCUCCAGCCAGCGAAGGGCUGACCUAUGCCGAUAUUGAUCUCAGCACCAAACGUCCAAAGCCAGGGAGUGAUCAACAGGCGGCCCAACAACCCGGGGAGUAUCCAGUGGAGUAUUCCAGCGUGGAGCACGGCAGCACCUCUUAGCAGAACCGUCCACAAACAAAAAAAGUACUCCGUAUUGCUGAUUAUUAGACUUAGGUUUUGUAGUGUAGCUAGUUAGCACAUUUGUAUUAAUUUUAUAAUAAGCACGAUAUGCUGACACCUGAAACUAUAAUUAAUAACACGUGUGAGCACAGUCACCCCCAACCUCCUUUAUAACCUCUCAUCACUAGUAUGAGUAUUUUUGUACCUUCAUGCAGAGUAGAUGAUUAUAAUUGUCCUGUGGGACAUUAAAAUUU